AACGUAUCGCCGUAGACCACUGGAGCCUUCCCUUCCCUGUCCAACCGGGAUUUUCCAAACAAACCUCAUCUGCCUAACGCCUGCACCUGUUCUUAUUUAUUCUUACCUGAUGUGAAUCCAGGACAGUGUCAUGUUCGCUACCACGCGCCCUUCCCACCAAACGCCAAUGUCCGUCGCGUUUCAUCCGGUGAACUAUCGGAGUCAAAGCAACCCUCCAAUCUAGCUAUCCCUCCAUCAAUCAAUAAAAACAAAAAGGAAAUCCCGACUAACAAACCGGCCAAACCGUCCAAAUGCCCUCCCCGCAACCGAAACGCAUCGUGCUCGAAAAAUCCCGAACCGUCCGCCGGCGAUACCAGCGCAGCAACAAACGGCUGGAGUUCUCCGCGUCUCAGAUCGCGCGCAUCGAGCGGGACGAGGAGCGCGAGAAACGCGCCAAGAAGCUGCGCGAGCGCGAGAAGAAACGCAUCGCCAAUAAGAAGAAGAAGGCCGAGAAGGAGGCCAAGGAGCGCGAGGAGCGCAGGAGACAGGGCCUGCCGCCUGGGGUCGAUCAGCAUGCGCUGCCCGUGCCGUCGAGUCAGCCGCUGCUGUCGCGGUUUUUGAGGAGGAAGGAUGCGGAGGUGGAGAAGGAGGUUCCGGAGCAGACGGAGUUGGUGGGGGAGGAGGAUGCAGAGGGAGAUCUGGAGGGAGAGCUGGAGCUGGGGAGUUUGGGGAGUCUUGAGGAGGAGAGCUUUCUGUCAGAUCUGGAUGAGCUAUCGGAUGAUACGAUCAUCGCGGGGCUGGAGAAUGGUCUGCUGCAGGAGGGACAAGGACAAGGGUCUACGAAGGCCUCUCGAGGCGUGGGCGCAGCGGCACCGCGCGAGAAAGACGACGACGAGUUCUCCGACUGUUCAAUUUUCUACGACGAGGAUAUCAUCAAAGAAGCGGAUAGCAUCAUAACUGCGCGGGACUCCAAGGAACCGCAGCCUGAGAAGUCGGAUACACGGGCUCCCAUCGGGUUGCCCGUGGGGGACUCGUUCCAGGACGACACGGCGGACUUGCUGGAGGAAUUUGGCUAUGAAUUCGACACGGACGAAGAGUUCGAGCGGGAAUUGGUGCAGCUGGAUGUCGUUUGACGGAUUUGGCGUUGUGGAUAAGCCGUAUAUCCGCAAUCUUCACCGUAUGGAAGACGCCAUCCGAACGCGGGUCCUCCGUCGGGUCGGAUGGCGCUGCCCCUCGUCGGCUCGGGCGAUGAUAAGCUGGAUCUCCGCCUUGAUGGUACAACCUUUGUGUUCCGACGGUGCGACCAUGAACGAGACAUGGCAUGAUGGUCG